AUGGGACGGGUCACUGUGGGGCCGUGCGUGAAUGGCUCGGCUGGGGAGGUGUACGAGCUCAUUGAACAACUUCAGUCUGCCUUGUUCGGUGGCGUCUAUAGGGCGAGGGGGUUGAAGUCUGGGAGGGACUAUGCAGUUAAAGUACUGCAUAAAAGAGAGCUCUCCAGGAUACAAAACGAGGCUAGGGGUGAUCGUAAUGUCGAAUUUUGUGAGAUGCCUCUAUCGGAGGUAACCUUUGCGGCCAAGAUGAGGGACAAUGGGUAUGUUCUCGAACUGAUGGACCGGCUCAUGCAAGUGGACCCUCGAAAACGUUCAAGUGUUAGUCGUGUGGUGGACCAUCCGUGGUUCACGGAGAAGCCUAGCCCUGUCAGAUGGCCAGCACCCAGUCACCUUGUUGUGGAGGAGAGGGAGAUGCUUCAGCGGAUGUAUGCCCGGCAGGCAGCAGCAACUGCAGUGUUGGUCAAUAGCAGUGCUCCUAGCGAUGAUGAGACUGCAGUGGAGAAUCCCGGAGAACAACUUUACGUGAAUCUCGCCUCGACUCGAGUGGCACGUGCCACAGGGCGAGUGUUGGAUCAUCGCGGAGGUGUGAUGCAUGAGGUUGUCCGCGUAUCGAAAGGUGCCUUACACAGGUCAGUGGAUCAGCCGUCUAAAGCGGCUCAGAGGAGCUCCCAUGGGGCAGGGAUGGGCGAGCCCUGUAUCGGGGCCGAGGUGGACGGCACUGUCCCCUGCCCUAAUGGGCAGAGACCUGAGAUUGAGUAG